CCAGAAAUCUCUCUCUCGAGCUUCUGAUUCCAUUCAAGUUUUGAAGAAUGGCGGUGGAAGUGAAACGUUGCGGUGGCUCAGCCGUACUGCCUUUGUCAUUCAGGCGGUCAUUGAGUCCAUUCCCAUGCGGCAUCUCUUUCCAGAAUAUGCAACCUCCUUCGCAGCUCGCUCGUCGAUUCUUUACUCUAGCUGUUGUCAAGAGGAGCCCCAAACGCCUAAAAUACUCUGCCCCUCGCUUCACCAAGGAUGAUGGCUUGCUUUAUGUUGAUGUUGAUCCGUUUGGUUCCGACGCAUGGAAAUUGGACCCGAUUGUUGAACUUUUGAAGGAAGGAGCUGUUGGAGUUAUUCCUACUGACACAGUGUACGCAAUAGCUUGUGAUCUGAGAAGCCACUCAGCUAUUGAUCGUUUGCGUAGAAUAAAAAAUAUAGACCCUUCAAAGCCUCUCAGCAUCUUAUGCCGCUCUUUCAAGGAUAUUGAUACAUACACAACCGGAUUUCCUCGUGGCAACAGUUCAGGUCUUACAAACAUUUUUCGAGCUGUUAAACAUUGCCUGCCGGGUCCUUAUACUUUCAUUUUGACUGCAAGCAAAGAGCUGCCAAAACAAUGUACCAGAUAUGGGACUACAACUUCCAAGUAUGCACCAAGAAAAAAUGUGGGCGUUCGUAUACCUGAUGAUGCUGUGUGCCAAGCAAUUCUGGAGAAGAUGGACGCGCCUUUAAUAUCCACAAGUGUCAAGUCACCUAAGGAGAAUGAAUGGAUUUUAGAUCCUGUUGUGAUUGCUGAUGUAUAUGGCCCAGAGGGCCUUGACUUUGUUGUCGAUGCUGGUAUUAGAGUGGCUGAUCCAUCUACAGUAGUGGACAUGACUGGAAAUUCUCCUCGAACUAUACGACAAGGGAAGGGUCCAAAACAACCGUGGAUGAUAGCUGAAGAUGAAGAUUCUAAUCAAAUCGCCUCUCAGGCUUCGUGAAAAGCUAUCAUUGUGUUACGAAAGAGGCCUUGUACAGCAUAGAAGAGUGGUGGAUCACCCAUGUGUUUGUUUUGAUGCAUUAUUGCGUUAACAUUUGCAUAUACCAGCUUUUCGAAAAUGAGUUUCACAGUUCUGUAGAGUGCUUAGAAAUGACAUUACUAGUACUUGGGUUUGCUAUUGUACAUACCAUUUAGUAAUUAAGUUUUUAAGCGUUCUUUGAUAGGAUCCUCGAGUGGAUUUCGACUCUCAAUGCUCACUUGGACAAGUGCUGCUCUUAAUGUGAGUGCUAUUAUUUCCUUCCUUUGGCUAAA